AUGUUAUCGUUGCCUCAACGUGAUCCUGACGAAAACCCGAGCACUAUUGAGCUAGUGGCAGAGGGAUCAUCAGACAUCAAUCCAGUUAUCAUCACAUCAACAAAAACGGAUCUCGACAAUCUUCUGCUUCACAUUUACGAGAGACAAGGCGAACUGUCCUUGGAAUACCUACUCAGCAUCCUCAAGAUGUCGCACUUCUAUCUCAUCGAUGACGGCUUUCGUUACGCGCUCGACGCGCUCGACAAACACCCAGGUCUUACAGCACCACUUCGUAUGAGCCUUGCUCUCCAGUACAAUCAUCAUGACUGGAUCGAGCCCGCUUCCCUACCACCGUCCAUCAAGGUCAUGAAAAUCAACUAA